AUGUCGAAUCCACUAUCCCCCCUCUCAUCUUCCUUUCAGAAUGCGCGAGCCCGCUCACCGAAGACAGGCUCGUCGCCAUUCCUCACAAAAACACUCGACGAGCCCAAGGCUCCAGACGCCCUCCCGUCCAGUCCUCUGAAACAAGUCUGGACCGAUCGCGAAGCGCAAAGCCCGAACCCUUCCCUCUCCUACACGACCGAAAACUACAAUACCCACGACAUGAUUGAUGAGAAUGAGAAUGACGAUUUGAAUGAUGAUGAUGACUUCCAAGACGCUGAGGCGGAACCUGAGCCUGAACCUGCGAGCUCGCCUUUCCGAUUCGAAGCCCGUGAUGAUACGGUGGAUUUCCAGAAGAUGCAGGAGUAUCAGCAGCAACAGAAGCCUAGGAUGACUCCGAAACCUGCCAUGACGCCGCGUCGGAGGUUUGAGGUUGCUGAGCCGGAGGAUCCGAUGAGUUCGCCUUUCCGAGCUGAUGCGCGGGAUGAGACGGUUGAUUUCCAGCGUCUGCGUGAAGUUCAGCCUUUGUCUCCGGGUUUGGAUAGACGUUUGGAUGUCGAAGUCCCCGCGAGCUCGCCUUUCAGAGCCGAUACGACGGAUGAGACUGUUGAUUUCCAACGCUUGAGCGGGGUGCAGCCUAUGUCGCCGGGCUUGGAUAAAAGGUUGGAGGUUGAUAAUCCUGAGAGCUCGCCCUUCCGUCCCGAUGCGAGAGAUGAGACUGUGGAUUUCCAGAAGCUGCGUGAACUGCAGCAGCCGCUUUCGCCUGUUAUUCCAGAGCAGCCUGAUCAGCCCAAGAGCUCGCCGUUUCGCCCUAAUGUGCAUGAAUAUGUACCAGAAGAAGACGGAUUCGAGUCGAACGAGCUGGUUGAGGCCCCGCCUUCGUCUAUUGGACGGGACAAACACUCUCCUCCACCUGUUGCGCACAGCUCGUCUCUUCGGACCGAGGUGAAUGAGGAUGUGCCUGAGGAUAUACCCGCAGAGGUUGAUACCCAGGAUCUUGUGCAAGGAUUUGGACAGUCUAUUGGGCGUUUGAAGCAUUCCCCUCCUCCUGUCGAGCCCAGUUCGCCUUUCAGGCCGGAAGUGCACGAGGAUAUACCGGCAAAUGUACGCGAAGAAGAGGAGAACAUCGAGGCUCAGGAAGUUCAAGAGGCACCACUUCAGUCCAUCGGACAUGUCAAUCACUCUCCACUGCCUGUCGCAGACGGAUCUCCGCUCCAGAGCAAUGAACAAGAAGACAAGGUCGACUCGGAAGAGAUGCACAAAACCCCUGGCACGUCGAUCGAUCGUGUCAAACACUCUUCUCCGAUCCCUAUUCGCAAAUCGCCACUUCGCCAAAGCACACAGGAAGAGUCUAUCAGUGUUUCAAAGUUUCGGUCAUCACGACGCUCAAUGCCACGCACGUCUCUUGGUCUUGAUGGUGCCUCAAUUGCCGCUACGCCUAGAAAGCGUUCAUACGACCAGACACCACAAGGCUUGGAGGAAGGUACGAAGCCUCAGGAACCCUGCAAGAAGGGCAUGACAAGUCGUCCCGAGGGACCCGAGAUCCACGUUGAUCUCGAUGAAGGCUCGAGUGUUAUUAACAAUGAAAGCGAGUUGUCUAUAACGAGCGCCAUUAAAGACCGGUCAACCAUUGGAAACAGUAUGAUGGAGGACAAACGGAACGAGGGCAUGUCUACUGUCCUCCAUGACGAAGACAACUCUGGAUCGGAUGAAAAUUCUGGACUUGGUGAAGAUUACAACGAUUCGAUGGACGAUACGGGUCUGAGCACUUUCUCAGUCUUGCCCGAUAUGACCUCCUUCGCGAAGCUUCGAGCCGAGUCUCCUCUCAAGUCCAUGCGCGGCAGCGUUGGUCCGGACUCUGCUCAUCGAGGUGACAUGUAUCGACGAAGCGCCGAUCCCUCUACCCCCGGCACUGCACGACGGUCUUACCGGGCUAGUGCUCUACUUGAUACUGGUUCGCCUGUUGGAUCACCCACACCCAGGCGUCGGACAUCCCGGGACAUUGGAAACCCCCGUGAAACGCCCAACCUGUUGGACUUUACCGAUUCGAUGAAUUUCUUCCCCCAUCAGUCAGCGCAGCAAGGUGGGCGCUAUUCUCCUGCUCGACGCUCGCCCAUGCGGCCCAUGCGACAGUCUAUUAAAUCGCCGUCAAAGUUUUCUUCGCUCCUAGACCUGGACUUUGAGAUGGCGCCUGCGCCGACACCUCGCUCUCUCCCCAGCAUUACACCACGCGAACUGGAGUCGUUGAAGUCAGGAUUCAUGUCGGAGAUUUCAUCACUCAAGGCUACGCUGAGUGGCAAGGAUGCGGAGGUUGCCAGCUUGAAGACGGCUAUUGCCGACGCCGAAAGACGCGUUGGAGAAGCGUUGGAAGAAGUCCGCAAUGAGGCUGCUCGAAGAGAGACUUUGGAGAUGGAACAGGCUGAAUGGGAUCGCCGAGGAAACGAAAUGGAAAGUGUUCUCCGCACCGUCCGCUCGGAUUUGGUCGAAGGUGAACGCGAGCGCGAGCGUCUCACCCGCAAGGCGGAGGAAGCCGAGAAGAGCAAAGAACAAUUGGAAGGCCGAAUCGUCGAGCUUGAGAGCCAACUAUCCGCUGCACGCAAAGCGGCAACCUCAGACAAUGGAUCCGCGUCCAGUUCCCGCCAGGCCUCCCAGUCAACUCAGGAUACUGCUCGUGAGGUGCAGGAGGCCGUUGAGAAGGUUGCUCGGGAACUUCACACUCUGUACAAGGGCAAGCACGAGACCAAGGUUGCGGCGCUGAAGAAAAGCUACGAGUCGCGCUGGGAAAAGCGUCUGCGUGAGGCGGAGAAGAAGCUCGCGGCUGCGAAUGAAGAGAAUGUUCGUCUGAGAGAUGAGCGUGAUUCGGCACAGUCGGAUAAUGCGGCCGCCGCCAACGCGAGCAUGAUCGCUCGUGAGAAUGACGAUCAUGAGGCUGAGAAACGCGUCUUCGAAGCUCGGAUUCAGGGUCUCCAGCAUGAGAUGGCUUCUUUGAAGGAAGAUAGCGAUCGACUCCGUUCUGAACUCAAGUCUGAGCGUGCCGAGAAGGGCGAACUUGUCGCUGCUGUUGAUGAGUGGUUGGCUAUGCAACAGUCUCAACCUGGCCCUGCCCCGGCGCAAGAUACUCGUGAAAUGUCUGUUUCUUCUGCCGGCCCUGCUGAGGAGGAGUACCUUUCUGCUGGUGAGCAGACGGAGAAUCUUCGUCGAAGUGUCCGGUCUGGCUCUAGUGGGAUCCGUCCCCCUGCCACGGGCGAGAAGAGGAAGUUGCCCCGGUUUGGUGCUCCCGGUGGUCAUUCCAGGGGAAAUAGUGGAGGCAAGUCUGGGAUUGCGGUGUUUACGCCCGGACGUGGUGGGAUUAUGAGUUCGAUUGAGAGGAUGGGUCGGGGUGGUGUUUAG